CAUAUCGAAGUAUUACGUGUAAUCAAUUAAAAAUCUAUGCUGCUAGAUAGCCAUGAUAAAACUUAGGAAGUAACGAGAUUCUGUCAUUGAGAAGCUAUUAUAAACACGUAAAGCACGUUCGUCGAGAAAGUGACUAUUUGUUGCAAAGUUCUUCUUGUUAAAAAUAUUUCUUAUUUCGCAAUAAGUGUUGAAUGUUGUUAUCGUGAAAAAAGUAAUGGCGUUGUUGUGCGUUCGAAAACUUACGAAACACCGUAACGUGCAAUUUUGGAUUCAAAUUUUUCUAAUUCAGUGUAAUCUUAUACUAAGCCUCGUGGGAAUAGGCGGAUUAACUAUAAGCAUUCUGACUAAAAGCGACUUUUUCAAUGACCUAAUAUUAUUGGACCAUUAUGAAAGCCUUCAUGUCAACGUUUUUUUCGGUUGUUCGAUCGCGCUAAUUGCGAUUGGAUGGCUCGGUAUUUUUGGUGGCACACAAAAUUCUCAAAAAAUAAUCAUCGCGAAUGGAAUGUUGUUAUUCGGAUUUGGAAUUGGCACCACGAUUUAUGUCGCCUUAAUGGACAUAUACUCAGAUUAUUCGAACACCGGCGAAUUGUAUAAACACAUGCGAGAGGAAAUGAAGAAUUACAAAGAUCACAAAGACAUCAUCGAUACUUUGCAAACUACUCUUUUGUGUUGCGGACUCGAUGACAUUACAACGUGGAAUACGAGUAUUCCUGCGUCUUGUUGUCGAAAUAAUCAGACAGAAACAGAAUGCAUAUUGGGUUCUCCUUAUUUGCAAACUAAUGGAUGUUUCGAGGAGUUCGUUCACACUGCGCGUUAUUAUGCUUGGCUUCUGUUCGCUGUUCUCGCAUUCAUCGGGUUUCUUAAGACUUUCGGGAUUACUCUGUCGUAUCUACAAGACCGUAUUAUUAACGAAAAAAAGAAGAAAAAAAAGGCCGCACAGAAAGAUUCGAUAGAAAUUGAGAGAUCUAAAAUUACCCGCCCGGGACCAUCCGUAGAAAUUGAAGAUCAAGGAAGGGAUGAGGUGGACAAAGAGAAAAAGUUAGACGAAGACGAGAAAAAUAUGGAAAAUACAAAAGAUGAUAACGGAGAAGGACAGUCAAAUGCAUGUAGGAACAUCUGCAAGGAUAGUUCAUAUGGACGAAACAUUGUAAUGUUACAUUUUCAUUGACGGGAGAAUCCAACGUUUACAAGAGAUCACAUCAAAGAAAGAUAUUUAUUUCUAAUUGUUAUAAAAAUUAUUGUAUUUUAAAUUGGUAA